AUGUCUAUAUACAACGGGCGUCGAGCGCCCAACUUCUCGCAGUACCUCGAAGACCUAAACGCUAUCCCGUCACCCUACGACCAGGCGCUGCAGCAGCAACAGCAGGAUUCCUUCAAUGUCGAUGCGGAGCUUGCCCUCUUCACCAACACCGAGUUCUUCGAUUUCGAUAAGUUCGGCGACCUGAACCUGCCUACAUUCGAUGGCGUGGAGGACAGCUCUAUCCCGAGGGACUCCACCAGCACAGAACAGAAUCCCGAUGUCAAGUUUCUGGACCUGCUCAACGACGGCUUGGGCGACAUUCCUGAUUGCCCCACUCCUAAUUUCAACACCGCCAACCCUUCCCAGACCAUGCAGAUGCAUCACGCCCCCUUCGACUCUCUCCCGCAACUUCCCAACCCGGCUCUGAGUGUCCCUGCUCCGAGUCAACCCUCGCCGAUUACCGCCCAGCCGUCCGCGGCUCCGACUGCAGCUCCGGCUCGUCAGGCCUCCACUCCGGCCCCUGGUUCCGGGCGCAAGCCAUCGACCCGGAAGACAGGUCCGUUGUCCGUUGAAGAAGCUGCCCGGAUCGCUGCCGAAGAGGACAAGCGUCGUCGAAACACCGCAGCCAGCGCUCGCUUCCGGGUAAAGAAGAAGCUCCGGGAGCAAGCGUUGGAACGAACCGUCAAGGAGACCACCGAGAAGAACAACGCGCUGGAGGCUCGUGUCUCGCAGCUGGAAUUGGAGAACCGGUGGCUGAAGAACCUGAUCACAGAGAAGAACGGAGGUGAUACCGCGGAGGGAAUCCAACAGUCCGAGACGGAAAUUGCCGAGAUGUUCAAGAAGUUCCUGGCCUCACAGAAGCUGGAGGACGAGCGAAGAGCCCUCGAAUCUAAGAUUGGAGUUGGUACUAUCUGA